AUGUGAGAAAUUUUGGAUAGAAAAUGAAGAAUGGAAGCUAAUUUCUGAUUGAAAGAAGAGAAUAUAAAGUGAUGAUGAGGAGCUUUGCUAAGAAAUGUGCUAAUUGGAAGCUCGAAAUUAAGUGAAAAGUGAUGGUGCAUGAGAAAAUCAAUUAAACCUGGUAAAGUAGCAGGAACUUAUUGUGAAAUGUGAAUGUUCAGUUUUUCCAGACAUUAG